ACUCUAUCUCACGUGGCGCAGCUUGGCGUCGACGCCAGUAAGGCGCUGUGCGGCGUUGCCAGUCCGAACGGCCCGCUGUCCUUGUGUUGGCAGCGCCGCCACACUUCUGGCGGUGUGGCGGCACUUCCAAGUAACUUCACGCGUACUAAAGCAUAGCUAUCUCAUUCGCCCAUUCGGCCGCCAGCAGCGAUGCCAGUCGCCCGUCCUGUCUGCAUUUUAUUCUUGUACUAAAAUUUAAAAUGACCUUCGACACCGAAAGAUUUAUAUCCGAAAUUGAAAAUAGGCCUGCUAUCUGGGAUACAUCAUCAGAUGAAUAUUCAAACCGCCAUUUGAAGAAAAAAAGCUGGGAAGAAGUUGUACAAAUAUUUAAAGAAAAAGACGGCAUGACUAAACAGGAAAAGAAAUAUAUGGGAGAUGUAUUACAAAAAAAGUGGAAAAGUAUUCGUGGUUGCUUUAUGAGGGAAAUUGCAAGACAAAAGGCGUUAAGGUCAGGAAAUGGCGUUGGACCCCGUAAAAGCGAAUACAUAUAUUUUAAACAACUGAAGUUUUUAAAAAAAGUAAUGGUCACAAGACAAUCCACACAUACAUCUGAAUUUGAAGAAGAUAAUUCUCAAAACGAUUUGGAUUCUGAUCAAUCUAGACAAAAAGAUGAGAACAAAGGAAUUAAUUCUGAGCCUGGAAAUGAUCCACUUCAAGAGUUUUUAUAUAAACCAUUAGAACAACGGGAGAGUUAUGACUUUGUAGAACAAGAUGAGGAUAAGAUGUUUCUAUUGUCACUUGUGUCCACACUUAAAAAAGUACCAGAACAUAAAAAGAUAGCGACAAAAAUAAGAAUGAUGUCGUUACUUGAUGAAGCAACGCAGACAACUUCGCAUACUUAUUAUGAAUAGUCACAAAAACAACAAUCCGUCUUAACUUUUGUAUAACUACCAUUAUGAUUAGUUAACUAGUCAUGGAGCUACCGUCUACAAUCUCCAAAAGAUUACUAUUCGGCAUUACUUUUA